ACGUGGGAGGCAGGAGGAGGAGGAGGGUAGGAUAGAGAAGGAAAGCGGGAGGCGGGAGAUAGAGAGAGGAUCGACACACAUGUAAGGACUAUGUACUAUUCUCUGUCUCUCACACACACAUACACAAACGAGAGAGAGAAAGGAGGCAGGUGGGAGGUAGAGAGAGAGAGAGAGAGAGUUGGCACACAUGUACGGAUUGUCUAGCUCUCUCUCUCUCACGCACAGGCGUGUGCGCGCGCGCGCACACACACACAGACACACAGAGUUCAUCACACACACACACGCACAGAGGAAGACGACGGACAAUGUAGUGAUGUAGCGCUACAGAUAAUGGGAUAGUAAUUAGAGUGAAGGAGGAGGAGACACGUGUCUGCGUCUCUGCAUCGUCAGCAUGGGUUUGGUAAGCGUCUCUGCGUCGUCGUCUUCCUGUGUCCGAGCUCCGCUUGAUGCAUGCCGCGAGUCGGCCUUCUUCUCAUCCGUGAUCCCGUUUGUAGUGUCCCAAGAGCACCUCCCCGCAAAGAAGGUGUUAUCUUCUUCUUUCUGUUCUUCUCUGUCUGGUUCCACUUCUUCGUCUUCGCCAUCCCUGGGGACCUAUCAUCAUCAUCUUCACUCUCAUCGUCCACGUCUUCAUCCUGCUCCUUCUCCUCCCCGUCAUUAUUAUCCUCAUAACUACAGUCGUCACCAUGACCAACAUGUUUUUAAUCGUCAGCAUCAGCCGUUGCAGGGUUAUGGCGGCCGUUCCCGCGAUUUCUCGGGCUAUCGUUUAUACCUGGGGGGAAGGAGGAGGCGGUGGUGGGAGAGUCGAGCCUCAGGCUUAAGGCCCCCAAGCUCCGAGGCAGCGGAAGACUCUCUGGUGACCGGCGAUUCUCCUAGAGAUGACGUCAACGAAAAGGAUAAUGUCGAUUCGAGCAGCCAUGGCGUCCGAGCAUCUUCUUCUGCUGCUGUCGUUACUCCUCCUCGCAGCAGCAGCGAUGGCGGUCGAGAUCAAGAUGACUUCGGUGAGGGGAGAGGAGAGGAAGGUACACGUGGCGAGCUGGCAGAGGCAGCAGCUCCUCGAAGGAAGACGAAGAUCGACUCAUGUGCAUACAUCAAUGCUGACGUGGCAACCGGGCAGUCGAUGGAGCAUUCCGCUAAUCUGGUGAUUUAUGGCGAUGUGCAAGCUGGCGCGUCUGUAGCAGCCUCAGGUGACGUCGUUGUGCUGGGGAAGCUGUUGGGAGAGGCCACAGCUGGCAAAGAUGGGGAUCCCGACGCUCAAAUCUUUGCUAUCGAGAUGGCCCCGGAAGUGUUGAGAAUCGCCCAUGUCACUCAGGCCGCCCCCUUUGGCCGCGCAAUUGCAGCAGGCCCCGAGGUCGCACAGUUGUCUACCAACGAUUCGAAAAUCAGGGUCUUUCCAGCUCAUAAACACAUAACAACAACAACAACAACAACAACGACGAGUACAGACCCGGCCGCUGUGUCAGAUAAUGAAAACGGUGGCCCCACACAAAGAGAAGGAUAUGGUGGACGUGAUGCAGCAGGCAUGAGGGGUAUGCUGAAAGGUCUGCAGUGGUCAAGGGCAGCAAAGGCGGCUCUCUGGACAGGAUGCUAUAUAUAUGUGGUUGGCAUCUUGACGGUUCUUUUCCCUAAGAAAGUAUUUGGGUUGUUAUUCACUCCAGCUGAUGUUUCUGAGGGUUGGAUCCGUGUCCUCGGCAUCUUGGCAGUUGUUUUCGGUAUGUACUAUGCUGGGGCUGCAAUUGGGGAUGCAGCUGGACAGGGAGCACGUGGAUUCUAUGCAUCUACUGUUGUCGGAAGACAGAUGUUGUGUUGGGGGUUUUGCGUUUUGGUCAUCUUCAAGGCUGUCCAACCUGGCUUGUUGCUGUUGGCUGGUGUGAACUUACUUGGGGCAUUGUGGAUGAAGUGGAGCCUUUCAAGGGACCAAGAAUAGGGGAAUAUUCUCAUGUUCCCUCUCAUCACGUAAUUAGUUUCUGUUUUGAUGCGUUAUGGCCUUGCUCCUCCUUAUUACCUUAAUUCCUUCAUGCUUUGGGCCAUGCAUGCUGCGUAGAGCAGGUGGUUGUCCGGGUUUAGAAUAUCAUUCUCUCUCUCUCUCUCUCUCUCUCUCUCUCUCUCUCUCUCUCUCUCUCUCACACACACACACACACACACACACACACAUGCGCGUUCGCGUACGUCCCCACCUUGUGUAGCCGGCCGCCUUCUCACCCCAAUGCUUUCUCCCUCCUCCCUCACCACUCAGCCAGACAUAUGGGUCUGCGUUUCCGACCUGUUGAUACACUAAACUCACUCUCUGUGCCACAGUGAGAGAGGUAUAAAGACAAGCACAGAAUGACGUGGACAAGCACACAGAAACCAACUGCUUCUGAAAGAGAGAGAGCAAGGUCGUCUCCACGAAUUGCAACUUCAGGUGGGAGCAGAAGACUGGCAUUGGACAAGAAAGAAAGCAGCAGAGCACACCAUGCGUGUCACGAAUUGGUUCGCUCCAGCAGGCAGCGUCGCGUGUAUAAAAGAGUGAAGUGCAGUAUGGGUACAUGAGGCGGGCUCAGGAGAAGGGGGGGAGAGAGAGAGAGAGAGAGAGAGAAGAGAGAAGAGAGGGUACUGAUUAUUGAGCUGAUCCUGAUCAAAUUAUUUGUGAUGGAGAAGCAUGGAUCAAUCUGGAUAUGAAAGGAACUCGCGAACAGAGUUUUAUGCCCUACAACGCUUCCAUAUCAUAUGGGGUUGUAUACAGUGUGCUGCCUGAGGACACAUGCCUAUUGUUCCCGCUUUGUGCUAUUGUGUAUACUUCAUAGAAUAUCAGGACAUGUGCAUGUUUCUACAUGUCGCGUACUCGGACAUGUGCAUGUUUCUACAUGUCGCCUACUCGGACAUGUGCAUGUUUCUACAUGUCGUCUGCUCGGACAUGUGCAUGUGUGUACAUGUCAACUACAAUGUUAUACACUCUG